AUGACCCGAUAUCAAACAUUACAAUAUAAUCAAAUAAAGCGUCGACUUCCACUUUGGAUUAGCGACGACGUUGAAUACAUUCUGCUGGAAGACAUCCAUAAGGCAAUAUCCACUCGUAUUACCGCUUUAAUAAGAUCAAAUAUUGAUGCAAUAACAUGUGAAAGAGAUUCGAAAGGAAAAGAGUUAGAUCCACCAAGAUUCAAAGCAUAUUCAGAUGAAUUACUUGAUUGUUACAUAUCUGAUACUGAUAUGACGACAAACAGUAAAACACAAGAGAAACUUGAUCUCAUAAUUGACAAUCAAGGCAAAAUAUUAUCACGAUUAGAUGUUAUACUUCGUCAAGCGUACCAAUUAGCUGAAUUUACCGUACCAAGAUUCUUCAUUAUAAUGAUAGAGAAAAAGUCACGAUUUAACCCAGAUAACUUUCUACACAAUACAUAUCGUUUAUUCUUCCUUUGUGAAUGUAACAAAGAUGAAAUGCAUUUAGCUUAUCAUGAAGGCUACAUAAUCAAUCAGCCAAGAGAAUUUUUCAUCAAGUAUGGUCCUUACGUCAAAAACAUGAUUUAUGCUUUUAAAGCAUUUGGUACUAUCGCGGGUUUUAUUCUUCCCAAUCUCGCAUUUGUUCAACAAGUACCAAUACCGAAUAUACUCAAAGAUGGAAACUUUUGGAAAGAUUUCGCCGAUAAAAUGAAUACAGUCGACAGUGUUGUGAAUAAUGUCAUGGCUAAACCAACUGAUAUAACUCUAAAUCCAACUUGUUCUCAAACAUAUGAAGGGGCUGAUUUAAGAGAGUUAGAAAAAUUCUUAAAGAAAACAGAUGAUUGUCGAACAUUGGGUAAUUUGUCUCGAACAACAACUGAUGAAGGACAUAAAAAAAUAUCAGCGGAUGAAGCUAAAGCUAUUGCGACAGCACUCAUGACAAAUCAAACAUUAACAACACUUCACUUAGAGCGCAACCAAAUAUCAGAUGAUGGAGCUAAAGCUAUUGCCACAGCACUCAUGACAAAUCAAACAUUAACAACACUUCACUUAGGGUUGAACGAAAUAUCAGCUGAUGGAGCUGAAACUAUUGCCACAGCACUUAUGACAAAUCAAACAUUAACAACACUUCACUUAGAGCGCAACCGAAUAUCAGCUGACGGAGCUAAAGCUAUUGCCACAGCACUUAUGACAAAUCAAACAUUAACAACACUUCACUUAUUAGGCAACCAAAUAUCAGCUGAUGGAGCUAAAGCUAUUGCCACAGCACUCAUGACAAAUCAAACAUUAACAACACU